AUGGUGUUGUCCCAUGAUGAAUUGUUUGAGAUAUUCUCAUGGCUACCAGCAAAAAGUGUUCACAAGUUCAUGUCCAUUGACAAGUUUUUCUCAAAACUUCCGAAAGAAACAUAUUUUGCAUCAAAGCAGGCACAAAACGCAUUAUUAAGAGACGACACAUGUUUCUUUCUUCAACCAGAUAUCACUCUAAGGUACCAUAAUCAAAUUGAAUUACACUCUUUACCUGGGGAGGAGCAAUCAUCCGGAGUUUCUAAGGAUGUUAUAAGAUCUUUGUCUAAUUCUGGCAAAAUGUUGUGUUCUAGCAAUGGCUUGAUUCUUUAUCGCACUACGGCUCAUAACAAAGUAAAUCUAUCUAUUUGCAAUCCAGCAACAAAAUCUUUGUUGUCUAUUCCUACUCCUGAGCAUAUGCAAAAUAGUAUUGAUGCUAAUAUCGACAUUGGUCUUCAAUGUGACUCAAAUUAUUUCAAGGUGUUUAAUUUUUAUUGUAAUCCAGAUGAUUGGUUUUCAUAUUUGGAUUGCUAUGUUUACGUGUCCAAGGAAGGUGUGUGGAAAGCAAUGGAAGAAAGAUUUAUCACCGGUAGUAGGAACAUGAGAUUUGACAUGCCAGUGUAUCACAAUGGAGUCAUCCACUUCAUCUCAGAUUGUUUUCCUUACAUGAAAAAGAAUAGUCCUUAUUUUAGGCCAUACAUUAUGUCAUACAAUUUGGAAGAUGGAAAAUCAACCAUGUUGAGAGUACCUAAAGAAGCAAGAAAGGGUUCUCAUGACCACAGUUGUGAGAUGGGUAUUUUUAAGUGGGGCAAAGUUGCUACUUCAAAUCAGUCAAUUUGUUUGGUGAGAUUGAGAAAACGUGUGUUCACCGUAUGGAUUUUAACAAAUUAUGAAUCAAGUUUGUGGAGAAGGGUUUUGAAAAUUAGAGUGAAAGCAAUGGAGUUGAUGGAGAAGGAUCCCAUUAUCAAAGGUUUUACUGUUUUAAACGGUGAUCUCUUAGUUUUUGCUACAGAGAAAAAGGUCUACGGCUAUGAUUUGACUAAUAUGAAAAUUCAAAAAGUUUGGGACCAUAAGUUUGAGGGCAAUUUUCUGUGUUUCACUUCGUAUUCAGACACACUACGUACAUGUGGUACUGAAACUUUGUCUCUUUCUUCGCAGAUGUGA